UGUAUAAGUUCCCUGACUGGCUAUGCUGCUUAGAUUCAUUUUUGGACUGUGACAGGGAAACGACAACUUGCUUCUUGGUUUGGUCAUUUUUAUUCUUUUUUUUACCAAUAUGGCCUCUCUGUACACUGGGUACAGCGGCUACACUGGCUACACCAAACCACCCCAAACUUAUGUUGAUGGCUCCUACUACAACCCGAAACAACCACAGACUUAUGGUGACUACUACCAGGAUUCUGUCUACGAGGAGAAGAAACAUAAUGAAAAGAAAGCCCGGCGCUCUGCAAUUUGUUGUGAGGUGGUCGCCUUGGUCAUCGGAUUCAUCGGUCUCAUUGGCGUUGCUGCAGUCACCGGUCUCCCGAUGUGGAAAGUCACAGCAUUCAUCGAAGAAAACAUCAUCGUCAUGGAAACACGCUGGGAAGGUCUGUGGAUGAACUGCUACCGUCAAGCUAACAUUCGAAUGCAAUGUAAGGUGUAUGAUUCUUUGCUGUUUCUCCCACCUGAUUUGCAAGCUGCUCGAGGUCUCAUGUGUAGCUCGGUAGCAGUGACAACAAUCGCGCUAAUCGUUUCGGCAGUUGGGAUGAAAUGCACCAAAGCUAUAGACCACCGUGCCCGCACCAAGCAUAUUGUAUUAGUAGUAGGUGGUAGCUUGUUCUUGUUGGGCUGCGUAACCACACUGAUUCCCGUUUCUUGGACUGGACAUGUUAUUAUCCGUGAUUUCUACAACCCUCUGCUCAUUGACGCCCAAAGGAGAGAGCUGGGCGAAGCGCUCUACAUCGGGUGGGUGACCUCAGCUUUGCUCUUUACCUCUGGAGUGAUCUUGCUUUGCAGGCAUGCCCCACGCACCCAGGAAGCAGAGGCCCUAAAGUACCAAGGACAACCUCCGGCUUAUACCUACCAACCCUAUACCUACCAACCUGAAUACCAACCAGGUUAUACCUACCAACCAGCCUACUCUACGCCUCCACCUGGGUCUGUUGCCUACACUCCAACCCAGUACUGAACUGGGUUAAAGUUAACCCAUUCUGGAGACAAUAUACUCUUUUUUGAUUUUUUUUUUUUUUUUUUAUGUGUAAAACAAUAUGACAGGACUGAUGCUGAAAAGUGGCCACAUUUUUUGUUAUCUCAAAGUGAGCCAAAUUUCACUCUGAAAAAUAAUGAUUUGAAUAAUUGUACAUGCUGUUUAAUAUGUUUGAACUGCUGCUUUGAGAUUUUUUUAUGGAUUAGGCCUAUUUCAGACUCUGUACAUGAAAAAUGAACCUUUUGUAUUUUCUUAAGCACAUGUGUUGGUUAAAGCUGAAGUAUUUAAAUAUUGGAUGCAGUUUGUUUUUUCUAGGACAAAUGGAUUUCAGUUUUAAUAUUUCAAACAGGAGUGUUUCUGAACCUGCUUUGCUAGUUUUAACUACUUCCUGCAUGCAAUUAACUAUUAACAAUGAAAAGUUCAAGCUAUAACAUAUAAUAUAGAAACAUUAGGUACAUAUGUAUUCUUAUUGGCCUUUUAAAAUAUAUACAGUUCAUGAGCUAUUGUUUAUAUAAUUGAUAUUAAAUAAUUUUAUAUAAUGUGUUCUGUUUUGUAUUUUAUUGUCACUAAAUGCACAGUUCAAUUUGUGGUUUUACUGGAAGACAGCAUUUGUUUGAGUUCCAGUGAAACUCCUUGUGUCUCUAUUUCUGUCAUAGUAAAUGUGACUAAACCAGUUUAACCAGAGGCUCAGGCAGGCACACCCACAACACAUCACAUUUCUGCCCCUACCACCACUGUCAGCUGUAAUGCUUCACCAGCAGUGACAUGUACACUUUAGAGCUCAGGGUACUGCGGUAUGAAUAUGUUUAAAAUUAAUGUGAUAAUUACAAAUCAC